AUGUUGCCUACAGAAGCUACAGACAAAAGAAUAUGUGAGAAUAUGAUAGACACUGUUGGGCAUACGCCAAUGGUGUACUUGAACAAAGUUACUGAAGGUUUAGGAGCAAAAAUUGGUGAGUUAUAAUGCUCAACUCUUUUUUAGACCCGUCUGAUUCCUAAGCCUAGUGGUGAGCUAUGGCUAAGAAUAAAACUAAAACUAAACCUAGAACUAGCAAGACCUUGUUUUGGGCUAAGGGCAUCAAUUUCACAUUUACAAUCUCACUAGCUACUGAAUUCCAGUACAUGUCAGCACAUGUUAACUUUUCAGCGGUAAAACUAGAGUACCUAAACCCAACCUUAUCAGUGAAAGACCGUCCUGCUCUACAUAUGAUAGAAGAAGCGGAGAAAGCCGGUCAUAUCAAGCCAGGAGAUGUUCUGAUAGAAGGAACAUCAGGCAAUCUGGGUAUCAGUUUAGCCAUGGCAGCUGCUGUUAAGGGCUACAAAGUGGUGUUGGUUAUUCCUAGUUGCUAUAGCAUGGAAAGGGUAAGAAAUAAGUUCAGAAGUAAUGUUAUUUUACUUUUAUUUAACAUGCUUAGGUUUAGGCUUAAACUUAGGCUUAGGCCGAAGCUUAAACGUAAUCCAAGCCAAAGCAUAUUUUAAAGAAGCGGUGCCAAGCAAAUUUUAAAAAGACUUAGCUGGGCCGAAGCAAAUUUGACAGAAGCCGACUUGGGCGGAAGCAAAUUUCAAGCCGUGUUAAGCCGGAGUAACUUUGAAAGAAAAAGGCCGGGUCGAAGCAUGCGAGUCCGCAGUUCAAAGCCUAAACCUAAGCCAGCCCUUUAAUAAGUCUAAAGAGCUGGAGCGAAUUUAAAAAAAGCCGGGCCAACAAAUAAGGGCCCAAACACCUAUGCCCAAACCAAAGCCAAGCCCUUACAGGUCUAUUAUAACCUUAUCUUACAAUUAAUACUUCAGCGUGUCUUAUGCAAAGCCCUAGGAGCCGAACUAGUCAUUGUGGACCCACAAAUUGGAAUCAAAGGUAUUCUACAACGCUUGGACGAUCUGCGUGACCUCAUCCCCAACUCUUACCUAGUACAACAAUUUUCAAAUGAAAACAACCCUCGGGCCCACUACUUAACCACUGGGCCAGAAGUCUGGGAGCAAACUCAAGGCCAAGUUGAUAUGGUAGUCUUUGGUGCUGGUACUGGUGGUACCGUCACUGGUGUAGGCCAGUACUUAAAGGAGAAGAAGACAGAGGUCCAGGCUUUUGUGGUAGAGCCAUUUGAGAGUUCGGUAAUUAGUGGAGAACCAGCUGGAUGUCACUUUAUUCAAGGUAUUGGAGCUGGUGCUGUUCCACCAAACUUGAAACCCGGUUAUGAUGGAGUGAUAAGAGUGAAAAGUGAUGACGCUUUCGAAAUGGCAAAACGAUUGGCCAAAGAAGAGGGAAUUCUCUGUGGAAUUAGCAGUGGCGCCAACGUUGUGGCGGCUAUUGAUGUAGGUAUAUCAAGUUAUUGUGUUAGUUAGUUAAAGAUAUUCUACAUAAGUAGUAAAGUAACUUUAUGAAAAGAGAUAGUGGUAAUAAAAGCUAACGGUAGUAGAGAACGGCUAGGACGAGGUAAAUUGAAAAAAAGAGGAGUUAGGAUUACAUUGGAUAGGCUAAUGCGGUAAGUUAAGGAAAGACUACGGCUAGGGCUUUGAGCUACAGUUUUUGGCUUUGCUCUUGGCUUCAGGCUUCAGUUUUAGCUUAGACUUAGGCUUAAGCUUAGUCUUAGGCAUAAGCUUAGGCUUAGGUUUAGGCUUAGGCUUAGGUUUAGGCUUAGGCUUAGGCUUAAGCUUAGGUUUAGGCUUAGGCUUAGGCUUAGGCUUAAGCUUAGGCUUAGGCUUAAGCUUAGGCCAAGAAAUUAAAUACCAAGUUUCAAAAAAAUCAUUUUCAGCUAGCCAAACGUCCAGAAAACAAAGGAAAACUGAUCGUAACAUGUCUGCCUAGCUUUGGUGAACGUUACCUAUCAACAAAGUUAUACUCAGAUAUUAAGGAUGAAUGUGAAAAGCUGCCGGAAACUACUUUUGAGCAAGAUGCUGUGUACUUUAAACGCGUUUUUAACCUUUCUUAG